AUGGGGUUGGAUGGUUACUAUAUCAGGGACAUGGAUAAUUGUCCUUACUGUUGUUGUUUAAUCCAUUGAAACUGCAAUAUUGCGUACAAUGGACUAUUUAAAAUGCUGAAAUGUAUCAGAAAUUGAUUAUUGGGCCUGGAGGGCCCAAAUCGAAUUAUAAGUCUUGAAGGAGAAGAACCAGCGAUAGAUGGAGACAAGACUCAUGAACAUCAAUGAGCAAGCCCUACAAUUAGUGCCCUGAAAAGGAUCAGAUCAGUUAGUUCUUCUCAGCAAGCAAGACUCUUUGUAUGCAGCAGAGAGUAGAAAACGUACAGGGAGUGAAUCAAGAAACCCACCCAUCCACCCACCCUUAGUGAAAACCCAUGAUCAAUAACUGAUACAGAAGUUCACUCUACCGUCUUAUCUGAUGAUUUGGAAAUUGCUAUUUGCUAAUGGACAAUCCAGAUGUUUUGUUAGCUUCUUCACACUCAAAAGCUGAAAAAAUCCAUUUCUUGUGGUUUUUAGAGCUUCAACAUUUCUCAUCAAUGGCAGCAGCACUUGCAGCUAAGCUGAAAGCGUUGUUCAUGUUGUUGGCUGGUGUUCUAUUUGCUGCUUGCGUUUACACUGGUAUCACUAAUGGAGUCGUUGUCUGGAAAGAGUUUCGUUCUCUGUGGCCGAUGGUGAUCCUGAUUGACAUCUUUGCCAUCAUUCUACCACUGGUGGCAUGGAUUUUCUACAAGGAAUCAAACAGGAUUUACUCAAUCACGUGGAUAAUUCUUAUUUUAAUCUUUGGAAGCAUGGCUUUCUUCCCAUACCUUGUUCUGCAACUUCAAAAGCUAUCUUCUCAAGAAUCACGGCAGGAUCCCAUCUACUUUGUUUUAUUAAAUAAUAUGAGAGGGGAAUCAAAAGGCACACUCUCUGUUGUAAGUGCAAGGGUUCUUUUCGGUGCUUUGGGUUGUUUUAUGCUCGGAACAUUGAUAUACGCCGUGGUCACAGAUGGAUCUCCAUUCAGCAGAGAAGUUUUCACUCCAUGGGUGUCUGUAGUAUUUCUUGAUGCUCACCUCCUUUUGAUAGGUCUAUCGAUCUGGGUGGCAUAUAAAGAACCAACUUGGAUGAGUGCAGCAUUUUGGAUUGCAUUUCUGAUAUGUUUCCAAAGCAUUGGUGUAUGUACCUACAUCACCCUCCAGCUCCUCCAGCUCUCGCCUGAAGAUCGGGCCUUUGUUGUUCUUUUCAGCAGCAGUAACAGCAGGUCAGGGAAUGGAUACGAGGAUAUUCUAAUCUUGUUAAUGGCGGCAUCACUUGCAAGAGGGCUAAAAGUGGCGUUCGUGGUGAUGAGCUGUGUUUCCAACGCUGUUCUCAUCCACCUUAUUGCUACUCAAGGAUUACUUUUCCUACCUGAAUUCCACACUAUGUGGGCAAUGUCGUUCCUGUUUGACUUCAAUGUCCUUCUUAUUCCAAUUGUGAUAUGGAUUAUCUACAAGGAAUCAAAUUGGAAGAAUACAAUUAUGUGGGCAUUUCCUAUACUGAUGAUUGGAAGUUCUACAUUUUGCCCGUACAUUGUAGUGAAACUUAUGGAACUUUCACCUCAAGAAUCAGAAGAUGAUCCUAUUUACUUUGUCUUGCUAACUAAGAAGAAAAGGGAUGAGAGGGAAUCGAGAAGCAUACUUCCAGUCAUAAUCGCGAGAUUUUAUUUCGGCUAUAUGGCUGGUUAUAUGGUCAUUUUAUGGACUUACACUAUUGCGGUCGAUGGAUUUCCACUCCGUAGAGAUGUUUUCACUCCGUUUGCAUUGGCAACAUUUAUCGACAUCCACUUCCUUUUGAUUACUUUUUCGUGUUUAUUCAUCUAUGGCUAUUUGAUUUGUGUGACAAUUGUUGCUGUUAUUACAUUAGCCACUGUGAAAGUAAACACACUACAAAAUCAAAAAGAUCUUACCAAAUUUCUAUCACUCUUCCAGUUCCAGUUCCAGUUCCAGUUCCAGAUCGUGUUGCCUGUGUCAAUGGCGGCAGCACUUGCAGUGGGGCUAAAAGUGGCGUUCACGAUGUUGGCCUGUAUUGUCAUCGCUGUUUUAAUUUACGUUGUCGUCACUGAUGGAGCAAAUCUCCUAAACGAAUUCCGCACUCCGUGGCCAGUUGCGUUCCUGAUCGACUUCUUCCUCCUUAAUCUUCCGAUUGCGAUAUGGAUUAUCUACAAGGAAUCAAACUGGAUUCAUUCGAUCAUAUGGAUAGUUCUUCUGAUGCUAUUUGGAAGCGGCGCGCUUUUCCCGUACAUUGUUCUGAAACUUAUGAAGCUUUCUCCUCAAGAAUCAGCUCAUGAUCCUAUUUACUUUGUCUUGCUAACUAAUAAUAAGCAGAAAAGGGGCGAGAGGGAAUCAAAUAGCAUGCUUUCAGUCGUAGGCGCAAGAGUUCUUUUCGGCAUUUUGGCUUGUUUUAUGCUCGCAACAUGGAUUUACACUAUCAUUGUCGAUGGAUUCCCAUUCCGUAGCGAUGUUUUCACUCCGUGGAUAGUGACAACAGUUCUCGACAUACACUUCAUUUCGAUUGCUAUAUCGGUUUGGGUGGCCUAUAAAGAACCAACAUGGAUAGUUGCUGCAUUCUGGAUCAUCUUGUUGAUGUGUUUUCAAAGUAUCGGGACAUACUUGUACAUCCUCCGGCAGCUCGUCAAGCUCCCGCGCUGCGAACCCGUCUCCCGCCUUCUUUUCAACAGGACAAGCAAUGGCUGUGAAGAAGCUCUUUUGGGAUGAAUGAAGAGUUAUUAUUUGGACAAUGUCUUUUCAAUUAUGGUUAUUUGAUUUGUGUGACAUUUGGUGCUGGUGAAUUAAUGCACUUACAUAAAUAUAGACAUCUAUCUGCCUUUACAAAACCCAAUUAUUAUUAUUAUUAAUAUUAAAUCCAUUACUUGCAUUUUUCUCCCCAAAC